AGGAGGGGUAGGAGCAAAGAUGGCGGCGAAUCCGAACUCUAACAAAAAUAUAUUUGAGUGUCCGAGCUGGGCAGGGAAACCUCCACCUGGUCUUCACCUUGAUGUUGUCAAAGGGGACAAGCUUAUAGAGAAACUGAUUAUUGAUGAGAAGAAAUAUUACCUAUUUGGAAGGAAUCCAGACAUGUGUGACUUCACUAUUGACCAUCAAUCAUGUUCAAGAGUUCACACCGCUUUGGUCUACCACAAGCAUCUAAAGAGGGUUUUUCUCAUAGACCUUAACAGCACUCAUGGGACUUUUCUUGGCCAUAUUCGCUUGGAACCCCACAAGCCUCAACAGAUUCCAAUUGACUCCACGGUUUCAUUUGGGGCCUCCACACGGAUGUACACUCUAAGAGAAAAACCACAGACCCUUCCAUCAAGCAUGAAAGGAGAUGACAAAGCUGGGGAUGACGAUGAGUUAAAAGGUCUUUUGGGUCUUCCAGAGGAGGAGACAGAGCUUGAUAAUCUUACAGAAUUUAACACUGCUCAUAACAAGAGGAUAUCAACACUCACCAUAGAAGAAGGAAAUCUUGAUAUCCAGAGACCCAAAAGGAAAAGGAGGAAUUCACGAGUAACAUUUAGUGAAGAUGAUGAGGUUAUUAACCCUGAGGAUGUUGAUCCCUCAGUUGGUCGUUUCAGGAAUAUGGUACAGACUGCUGUGGUUCCUGUGAAGAAAAAGAAGACCGAGAACACUGGCACUCUCAGCUUGGAAGAUUCUAUUGGGCGGCGUGUCCAGAACUUUCCAUUUACUGGCGGGCUAUAUGGUGGGCUUCCUCCAACCCAUUCUGAAGGUGGUGCACAGACACCAGGUGGUCAUGGUACUGCAAUGAUGGGGGGCAUGCCCUUUCCUAACCUGGCUCCAGAUGUGGAUCUUGCUCCAACUACUCCAACUGCAGCACCCAUCAAUGUGGCUCCUGCCCCAUCCAGUUUUACAGUAGAGGCUAUUAAUGAGCCCAGGAAAAAGAAGUAUGCCAAGGAGGCAUGGCCUGGGAAAAAGCCCACACCUUCAUUACUUAUUUAAUGAACUUAAACUGCUGAAGAAGUAGAGGAUAUAAACCAUUGAUCCAAUUAACUUUUGUUUGCCUGUGAGACAGAUAAGGCCUGUUUUUAUACUAAUUGGCUAAAAUCAGGAAAAAGUGCUGUGCUGUACCUUGCUGAGGAUUUUUAAGUAUAUAUACUUUUCCAACUGAAAACAAAUUCAUUACUCUGUAUAAUGAAACUACACCCUUAUAAUGAACUCACUGCACUCUACAUAAUGGUGAAAGAAAGUGAUAUUAAACAAACUGAGCUGUAAUAUGUUGGGUGUCUAUACACUGAUAAUGGACAUGGGAGAAAAUGUAAGUGUGUGUGUAUGUGUAUUUAUUUCUACCUUGGCUUGUUAUACGUUGCAUAGAAUCCCUACAUAUUUGCACAGCUAAAAUGAGCUGUGGGGUAAACUGUCUGUAAAUUAUGUGUAUAAUUUGAAUAAUAUGCAUACCUAAUGUUUUAUUUCCUUUAAUUUUCCUUUAAUUUAUGUAUAAAUUAGGCACAUGCAAAUAUUUAUUUAGCAUGUAAUGAAUGCCCAAACUGGCUGGAGACCGUGGUAUUAGUUUGUUGUUGGCACCGGAUUUAUUAGUGUAAAAGUGCAACACGCAAAGAUUAGAAUUUGCAUAGAGCUUUGUCUAUGACCCUUUUACACUACUAAAAUAGCCAAAUACCGCUGCCUGCGGCCAUAUUCAGCAUUCGUUUGCCAAAUAUUUGCCCUUGCCUAGUAUACACCUAUUUUUAAUGUUUAUCGCUAUAUUACACAUGCAUAAAUACAUAAAUUUAGGCUAGUACAUUUUUAUCUGGCUUCCAUUUCUCGGAAUACUAUGUCUGUACCAACCCAAUAGCAAUAUUACCUUUCAAGCAAAAAAUAUUAUCAGUCAAAUAUUGGCAUGUUUUAUAAGCCAAAUCUCACUAAAGUAUUGCUCAUUUGAACAUUUUAUUUUUUAAUCUGUAGUAUUUCUAAUAUUAGUGUAAUCUUUGAUUACUUGCAUACUUGCAUAAGACUACGAUGUCCUAAAGAAGUCUCUAAACCCUGUUUUGUCUUUAAUUUUUUAGACUUCAACUGUCUAAUUUAGGAUGGCUGAUAUCUUCCUCAAAAGCAUUAGACAAUGAGCUCAUUAAGUCUAGUGACUUUAUAGUGCAGUCUUUUUAUAUUUUCACUGAUAUAAUUUUAUAAAUGUACAGAAUAUAAAAUAUAUAUAUAGAAUGUAUUCAAUAUAUAAUAGUUGAUAUACAUGUGCAUAUAUUUUCUGUAUAUGCAAAUGCAUAUCAAUUUAUAUAUUUAAUCCUUAUUUCUUUAUCAGGAGGGUACAGUAGAGCUAAUUUUAAAGGAAAAAAAAAUUCCAUUGUGCACCUUUAUCUAAAUACUUUUUUUCUACUCUAAAUAACUUGCAUUUAAUUGCUCUCAAAAGUCUGAAAAUUUUUUUGGAUUCUUCCUUAAAUUGCAGUCUCUGGUCAAGUGUUUUGUAAAUAGAUUUCUUAGCACAUAGAUUUGAUAUACAUGUCUUGGUUGUGUUUUAAGAACUUGUAUUUCUUUAGUCUGAGUUUUGGCUAUAACUCACUUUGUAAGGGAAGUUCUACACAGCCAUAUUAAAGCACUCAGAUUUA